AUGCGCAAGGAGGGGUUGCUCGAAAAUAAGGAGCUAAGAGCAGAGAUUCACGCGAAGCGUUGUCACGAUAUUAUGCAAAUGAAAAGCAAAGAACUAGUGAAGUUGCACAAGUGCAGACCCCUCACAACAGCUCUCAUGCCUGUCAUGGCUCAAGCACCUCUCUUUAUCGUUAUGACCAUGGUAUUCGCACGUCUCGCUGCAGAUCCCACUUCUCCUUUUGACUCGGAGUCCUUUCUAACAUUAUCAACUUUGAACCAUCCUGAUCCUACGUUUACCAUGCCUGUCGUGGUAGGCCUCCUUACAAUGGCAAAUGUUGAAUCUAGCCAUUGGGUCUUGAACCCCGCUGAGAAGGAGGCGUUGAAGGAGAAGGAGAAAAAGAUGAAGGAGACUGUCGCAAAGAGUGGAGAUAGAUUGUCAAUGGUGAAAUUCAACCUGCAGAGUAAUUUGAAAGACUCGAUGCGUGUUCUCUCAAUUCUCAGAAUAGGUUUGGCCUCUAUUGCUCCUGGGGCAGUAACACUCUACUGGGUCACAUCAGCAGCUUUCGGUCUCUUUCAAACAUGGCUAGUUAAUUCACUAGCUAUGAAGAAGCGAAGAGAAUUCCUUGCUACAUCGACCCAGAUCCCGACUCCAACCCCAACACCUCAUGGGGCGGCUAGCACGCAAAAACAGAAACCGAGAGGAACAUCCUCGGCGCAAGUCUCGCGAGCAGUUCCUGGCUCCGGCUCCGGCUCUGCUCUUGCCAACGUCCAAGUCAAAUUGAAGGCCCCUUCACCUCCGCGGUCAGGUCAGAAACCACUGAAAGGGUCAUGA